AUCCUUGGCCAGCCCAGCCUCUUUAGUAUUCUCGCCUUGUUGCCCACUAAGCAACUGCAGCUGCUAAGGAGCUGAACUUUAUGGCCUCUGACUGCUUUGCUGGUGUGUUUCCCCUGGUCCGGAUUGUUAUACAACUUCCCAUAAGGGAUUUGAAAUUCUAGCUGGGCGUGGGAGCAGGAGUCCCCUGACUGGAGCAGCAGGAUUCUCUGGAAAGCAAGAGCGGGGCAGAGUGUGUCUGGAAGCUGGUUCUUUGCCAGUCCUACAGCGCUAAAACAGAAAGUGGGGAUUUAUUUUUUUUCUUUCUUUCUUCCCCUUUCGCGUUGAUUUUGAAUGAAAGCAAGAGUAAGAAAAACAAACCAGCUCCCACUCUCCAGUCCUGAUCAUUCUUUUCGGGGACUCUUCUUCCCCCUUUGUUGCUGGGAAACAAUGGAGCUUUUCAAGUGGAGCCUGAGAUGGAUGUGCCUCCUUCCUUUGCUACAGGUAUCAGAGGGGCAAAGCUUCCUCAUAAAGAACAUCCGGCUGGAAAAGUGCAUGCAGGUCGCUCACCAGGAUAGCGACCAGAUCAGCCUGGCUGCUUGCAAGCUGCAUGCCCAGCAGCAGCAAUGGAGGUGGGACCCCAGAACAAAGUCCAUCGUCAGCCUUAAAACCAAACAGUGCCUGACCAUCCAGAAGCCACAGGAGUUCGCAUCAGCCUACCUGGAGCCAUGUGGGGACAGGGAGCGCCAAAUGUGGGCUUGCAGCAAGAAGGGACACUUGACCUUGCAUGGCCUGGGCUUGCAUCUCAACACGAAGCCAGGCCACAGGGUCUUUGUGUCCCGGGAGAAAGACAAGUUCAGCAAGUGGAAGACCCUGUCAGAUGAAACCAUCUGUGCUGUCAGCCCCACAGUGGCUACGAGGCUUGGUGACCCAAUGCAGGAAGCUGUAGCUGUGUUGGGGGGGGUUCACAAAACUAAAACCAUCAGUUCCUCUGCAAAGAUGCACACCAGCUCCAGGGGCUCUCUGAUGGAGUUGCCUGCCUCCACGUUGGCUGAGUUUAACAGCACAGUUCCUGCACCACGGAGCGACCAGAUGUUUCUAGCAAUGGAGGAGGAAGUAUCUGGCCAAUUUAAAAAUCAACCUGGACACCGAGGGAAAGGUGCUGGGGCCAGGCCUACAGCCACCAAGUGGAAGACAGCCAUGCUAGUCCUCAGCCCCUUCGCAUUUAUACUGGGGCUGAUUAUACUGACACUGAAUGUUCGUUACAACAAGAAGAAGAAGCUCUCUGCUCUGAAGAGCUACCCAGAGAGCUGCAGCAGAGCUGCCUUACAGGAGCAGUCUCCAUUAACGGUGACGGCAGGCAGCUGGCAAAGCAGCACGCCAGCCUCUCAUUCCUCUUCCUUGCAGCACGGGGAAAUACUGAUUGAGUGGAAGGAUGGGACCGUCACUCCCCUUUUUGAUAAUGCUAACUUUUAGAUGGGCUACCUCACAACUAACUGAGCCCGUCUAUACUAUAGUGCCCUCUGAUAAAAUACUCCCACUGGGAACAAUCUAUCCUUAGUGAAUUUUCUUCAGUAGCCUAAUGGUUUUGACAGAAACCAGCAAACACUGUUUUACACUUGAGAACGAUCACAUGAUGCAGCACAAAGUUAUAGCAAACAGGGCAGAUUGUGUUCUGUUUGUUGAGUUGCACACAGGGCCGGCUCUAACUUUUUUGCUGCCCCAAGCAAAAAAAAAAGAGCGCCGCCCCGCCGUAACCCCCACCCUGCAAGCGUUGCCGAACCCCCUCCAAGCGCUGCGCCGCCCAAG